AUGCCACUGGAUCCGGAGAUUUCUAUGGAACAGGCCACAGAGGGUGAAGCUGGAGGACUUUUUAAGAUUGUCCAACCACGCCCUACGUUACUAACCGAGGUUGGGAAAGAUGUGACGCUAACGUGCUUUCAUCCAGAAGGACAAAUAAAUAAAGUGAUGUGGUUCAAACAAGCUAUAGGACAGAAGCCUCUCCUUAUAGCAGAUUCUUAUCACCACUCUCAGCCAAGUGAAUAUCGCAACAAUUUCAAAGAGGGUCAGCGCUUCACUGCGACGAGAGGACAUGGUAGCUUCAAUCUGAGUAUUUCAAAGACGGAAACGUCGGAUUCAGCUACAUACUACUGUGCUGUGUCUUUCAUAAAUAUUGUUUCCUUUGGAGAUGGUGCAGUUUUAAUAAUCAAAGGGCCGGAUGACAACAGAGGAACUAUUCUACAGGAGCCUGUACUGGAACUUAUCCAGCCAGGAGCCAGUGUGACUCUCCAGUGUAAAAUACUCACUGAGAUCUGUGCAGGAGAACACAGCGUUUACUGGUUCAGACAUGGUUCAGGAGAAUCCCAUCCAGGAAUCAUUUACACCCAUGGAAACAGGAGUGAUCAGUGUGAGAAGAGGUCUGAGGCUGGUUCUCCUACACUUAGCUGUGUCUAUCACCUCCCCAAGAAGAAACUCAGUCUCUCUGAUGCUGGAACUUAUUACUGUGCUGUGGCCACAUGUGGAGAAAUACUUUUUGGGACUGGAAUCAGCAUAAAAACUGACGGUGACAACAUGAGGAGCGUUGAUGACCAAACAGACACGCCAGGUUUACAGGGUGAUGGUGUUACUGAGUUGAACUACAUCGCUCUUAGAUUCUCAGGCAGAGGCAUGACUGUAAAGACAGAAAGAGGACAUGAAGAAACGCUGUAUACCGGACUGAAUUGUAUGGAAUGA